CACCCCCGCAUAUUUCAGGAAAGAGUUGAGGAUCGAGUUGACCAUCAUGGAAAUCAUAAGCUAUUGUAUUCCGCCAAUUCACUGCUGUAUUUGCCACUAGUAGAUCUCCAUUGCAGAAGUACCUUACAAGUCUUUUCUUGUCACCAGAGUAUAUCUCCAUCUUCACUUCUUUGGGUUGCUCAUGGAAUCCUCUCACCGCUUCUAUCAUCUCUACCAGGACGGUGAAUGGAACUGUGGCUAAUCGCUUGAAAGAAGCCCCAUGUUUCUGACUCUUCACGAAGUCUAGUUGUUAUCCCAGUUCGUCCACAAUCUUGGAAGCCUCAAAGAUCUAUCAGUGGAAUUUGUAGGCAAAAUUUACGGGUAUCUGAUGAUUUUGGGAGGUUUUCUUGGGAAUGGACGAAAAAUCUAGGAAUCUUAUGUAAAUGAACUUCGAAGGAAUGUGUAAAGAACUUCAAAGAUGCUUAUGCUAUAUGAAUAUGACCACUCAAGCACAAGUAAAGGGUCGAAAGAUUCUUAUGUUGAAUGAAAGAAACUGGUUAGUUAUGCAUUUGAUUAUAAUAUCUGAAAGGCCUACAUAGUCUGAUACCCAACAUUUUGGAUUCCCACAGAAUUUUCUCAGCACAACGAGAAUGGCCAAAUAUCACCUUCUACCCCCAAAUUUUUUGCCACUGCUUGUCAAAAUGAUAUAUGUCACAUCGAUCUCAAUUCUCCAGUCUAGAAGAAGCAGCUUUGUAUUCACGGGCAACCCGGAUGGCCUAGUGAACAACGCUCCCUGCCAAUUACUGCUUAAAUCCAAAUUAAACCUAAAUUAAUUUGCAUGAUCCGAUUUCUGUUUCAUAAUUACUUCAAUUACCAACUAACUUGAAUUUUCAUUAGGCCACUCUUAUUCUUCUUCUUCUUCCUCACAAAUAACCUAUUCUGUUUACAGAUUAUAAAAUAUUAAAUCAUCAUAAAAUUCUAUAUUCACAUCCCUUACCACAAAUCAAACUUUUCACAUUACAGAAUUCAAGGCACAUCCAAAGCAGUUAAUCAAGUGCUAUAAAGCGGCAUCAGCUUGUCAUAUUGUUAUUUUCAAGUUGCCUCAAAUGACUGCAAAGAACACGAGAACAAUAACGAAUUUUAACCGUUUUUUAACCCCAAAACCUCUUCAAAAUCCCGGUUCUUUCGCUCAAGUACAAACCACAGCCCAUCAAGUAAAGGAAUGUUCCAGUGUUGAAGAACUAGAAUGCGUUUAUGCCACCAUGAUCAAGACCAACGCAAGCCAAGAUUGUUUUCUUAUAAACCAAUUUAUCAGUUCUUGUACUUCUGUGUUUCAUCGUACAGAUCUUGCAAUUUUAGCUUUUACCCAGAUGCAAGAUCCAAACGUUUUUGUGUACAAUGCAGUUAUCAGAGGCUUCGUUCACUGUGGCCACCCACUUCAAGCUCUACAAGUUUAUGUUCAUAUGUUAAGGGCUAAAGUUUUUCCCUCAAGUUAUACUUUUCCGUCGUUGAUAAAAGCUUGCACGUCCUUUUUGAGUUUCUGUAUUGGAGAGGCUGUGCAUGGGCAAAUCUGGAAGAAUGGAUUUGAUUCUCAUAUGUUUGUCCAGACUGCUUUGAUCGAUUUUUACUCGAAUUCCAAUAAAAUCUCUGAAUCGAGAAGAGUGUUUGAUGAAAUGCCUGACAGAGAUGUUGUUGCAUGGACUACGAUGGUUUCUGCUUAUCUGCAUGUUGGGGAUUUGUGUUCUGGGAGGAGACUGUUUGAUGAGAUGUCUGAAAGGAACAUUGCCACAUGGAAUACUAUGAUUGACGGGUAUGCAAGAUUGGGAAAUGUGGGGGAUGCUGAAUUGUUAUUUAAUGAAAUGCCUACCAGGGAUAGAAUUUCAUGGACGAUUAUGAUCACUUGUUAUUCUCAUAACAAGCAGUUCAGAGAAGCUUUAGAUCUGUUCAAUAAGAUGACAAAGAGUGGGAUUAGCCCUGACGGAGUUACUAUGGCUACUGUUAUAUCGGCUUGUGCCCAUCUUGGAGCGCUUGAGUUAGGGAAGGAAAUUCAUCUUUAUUUAUUGCAAAAUGGAUUUGAUCUUGAUGUUUUUAUAGGAUCUGCAUUGAUUGAUAUGUAUGCGAAGUGUGGGAAUUUAGAUAGGUCCCUUUUAGUGUUCUUCAAACUGCAAGAGAAAAACCUCUUCUGUUGGAAUUCAGCGAUAGAAGGCCUUGCUGUCCAUGGCUUUGCAAAUGAAGCACUGGCAAUGCUUUGUAGGAUGGAGAGAGAAAAAAUAAAACCAAAUGGUGUUACUUUUAUCAGUGUUUUAAGCGCUUGUACUCAUGCCGGGCUGGUUGAAGAAGGCCGUCGGAGGUUUCAGAGCAUGAUCAAUGAAUAUUUCAUAACUCCUGAAGUUGAGCACUAUGGAUGCAUGGUUGGUCUGUUGGGCAAAGCCGGCUUGCUUGAAGAGGCAUUAGAACUAAUAAGAAGCAUGACAUUUCAACCAAAUGCAGUUAUCUGGGGUGCCCUGUUGAGUGGGUGUAAACUUCAUCGGAACCUGGAGACUGCUUAUCUUGCUGUUAAGGAAUUAACAAUUCUAGAGCCGAAUAACAGUGGAUAUUACAUGCUUUUGCUUAACAUGUAUGCUGAAUUGAAUCGAUGGCCUGAGGUAAGGAAAAUAAGGUUGAACAUGAAGGAACUAGGGGUCGAAAAGAGAUGUCCUGGUUCAAGCUGGAUUGAAAUUGAGAGGAAAAUAUAUCAGUUCACUGCAUCUGAUAAAUCUCACCUAGCCUCUGAUAAGAUUUACUUCUUGUUGGUUGAAUUAGAUGGACAACUGAAGCUAGCUGGUUACGAACCUGACCCCAGUUCUAUAUCAUAGCAGUUCAUGUUCUGAGAGGGAAUAUUUGACAUGACUGGGAAGUACAUGUGAUCUUUUGCCAUGUACUGAAUAUUCCCUUUAUUCUGUAAAACAGAUUUUUGGAAAGAAAGCUUGGUGUUUGUGCA